GCUGUAAACAACAAAGAUGUUUCUCGCACAAUUUUAUUCGCUUUCGCCUCUACGUUGUUUUUGUCCCGCUACGGCGACCGUAACAUCCUCAAGGUGGCUGAUGGGAUUUCAACGAUUAGCAAAAACAGCGUAUUUUCGAUUAUAAAUCUAUAAAACUCUCUUCAUUUCUUUAGUUGUUUAGGUUCUGUGUGUUUAACUUGUGUGGUUUUUAAAGUAGGAAGAUCAUCCUGUCGUAAGUAAUUGAAGAUGACCACAGCGGCAAGGCCAACGUUUGAGCCCGCUCGAGGAGGGCGAGGUAAAGGAGAAGGAGAUCUCAGUGCUUUGUCCAAACAGUAUUCCAGCAGAGACCUGCCUGGACACACCAAGAUCAAAUACAGGCAGCCCACUCAGGAUGUUCCGGAGGAGGUUAGAGCUCGUGACUUCAGACGUGAGCUUGAGGAGAGGGAGAGAGUUGCUGUUAAGAGCAGAGACAGAGGAGCAAGAGAACACACCACAUCCUCCUCUUCAUCUUCCUCUUCCAAACGGCCACGUCUGGAUCAGAUUCCUGCUGCCAACUUGGAUGCUGACGACCCCCUCACUGAUGAUGAAGAUGACUCUGAUUCUGGUUCUGACAGUGAUGAUGACACUGCCGCCUUGCUGGCUGAACUGGAGAAGAUCAAAAAGGAGCGAGCUGAGGAACAGGAGAGGAAGGAGCGGGAACAGAAAGCAGAAGAGGAGAGGAUACGUAUGGAGAACAUUCUGAGUGGGAAUCCUCUGCUUAAUCUGGCCGCCCAACAACAACAACAACAAACACAGACCCCGAACACAUUCAGUGUGAAAAGAAGGUGGGAUGAUGAUGUCGUGUUUAAGAACUGCGCUAAAGGAGUUGAUGAAUCUCGCAAAGAGAAACGCUUCAUUAAUGACACACUGCGGUCUGAAUUCCACAAGAAAUUCAUGGAGAAAUACGUUAAAUAAGACGUUAUGGAAUAAUGUUUCAACCAUUUUUUUUUUUUUAAAUAAGUUGUGUGAUUUGCCAUUCUGUAAUUUGAUCUGUAAAAGAAAUGUACUUUCAGUAAACAAUAAUAAAAGGUUAAAUUCUC